AUGGUCAUCAAUUUCAAUAACAGUAUUCUUCAAAAGUUCUUUGACAAGGCUAGUGGGAUUGAUGUUCCUCUAUCCCAACUCCUUCAGGUGAAGGCAACUUCAGAUUUGCUUCCGAACAUUGGAGUGUGGCAACAAAGAGCUGGAACACAUUCUGAUUCUAAUUGGGUCAUGAGAGUUGAACUUGGCGGGAAGAAAAAAAUUGUAGAAUCAGAGAUAGGCUCAAAAGAAGAAAUUAUUGAUGGUGGUUAUAAUAAUGGUAAUGUUGCUGAUGAUGAUAUUCAAAAUGUUGAAGAAGAGGAAAAGAGUUGCUUUACAAAUGAUUGA